CUGCCAAUUGUAAACAUAAGGGAUAUGUGUUCGCUUAGCAUCGCCUUUUGGGAGGGGCCAGGGAAAGGCUGUCGUUUUAUUGAAUAGGGCUGUGUGCGAGGCUGCUCGUGUGCCUUUCUCGCUGCGCUCCUGCCCGGGCAGCCGGUUAUUCAUUUCCUUCCUACUAGUCGAGAACUCUGCAGCCGCCGAGCACCUGUGGUAACCCUUCGGUUACUCAAAGAGUUCCUUGGGAGCUGAAGAGAUAGCAUCUUCCAGCCAGGCUCGGGGGCAUCACAACUGCAAUCACCUCUUGUUUCUGGAGUCGUCAUUUUGAAUUCAUCAGCAGCUGGUUUGUUACUGAAACGAUCAGAUUAUUUCCUCUGAUUUCCUUCCUAUUUGGAUCUUUUCAGAGCUCUGAACGCUUGAACACCCACCAUGGAUGACUUUGAACGCCGCAGAGAACUCAGGAGGCAAAAGCGUGAGGAAAUGCGCCUGGAAGCAGAGAGGCUGUCCUACCAGAGAAACGAUGAUGAUGAGGAAGAAGCCGCCAGAGAACGUCGCCGACGGGCUCGACAGGAGAGGCUGCGGCAAAAGGAAGAGAGUGAUCUAUCAGGAGAAGUAACAGAGAAAUCAGAAGUUAAUGCCCAAAAUAGUGUGGCGGAAGAGGAAACCAAACGUACUACAACCACAGGUGGAACAGAUGAUGAUGCUGCAUUCUUGGAGAGACUGGCAAGAAGAGAGGAGAGACGCCAAAAACGUCUCCAGGAAGCCCUAGAACGUCAAAAGGAAUUUGACCCAACGAUCACAGAUGGGAACUUGUCACUACCAAGCAGGAAAGAAGUAAACAACAUGGAAGAAAAUGAGACCACAGAGAAAGAGGAAAAGGAUGAAACACGUCGAGGACGCUAUGAGAUUGAGGAAACAGAAACGAUUACCAAGUCACACCAAAGGAACAACUGGAGGCAAGAUGGAGAAGAGGAGGAAAAAAAAGAAGAAAAAGACAAAGAGGAGGUACAGGAGGAGAAACCAAAGGAGGUACCCGUAGAGGAAAAUCAGGUAGAUGUGACAACAGAAAAACCCAUAGAUAAAGAAGAGGCAGUAGAAGCAAAAACUCUAGCUGUAAAUGCAGAGGAACACAAAACAGAGAAUGAUACCAACGCUGUGCUGGAAGGGAAGCAGAAGGGAGGGGAAGAGGCUGUGGAUGUAACUGAUGCUGUAGGUAAAGAUAAGGUUAGAGAGGAAGAAAAGGAAAAGGCUGAGGAAGAAAGCAAGAAAGCAGAAGAAAGGGAGAAAUUUGAGGCAGAAGAAAGGGAAAGAUUAAAAGCAGAGGAGGAAAAGAGGGCAGCUGAAGAAAAACAGAAAGCAGAGGAGGAAAAGAGGGCAGCUGAGGAGAGAGAGAGGGCAAAAGCUGAAGAGGAGAAGAGGGCAGCUGAGGAAAGAGAGAGGGCAAAGGCUGAAGAGGAGAAGAGGGCAGCUGAGGAAAGAGAGAGGGCUAAGGCUGAAGAGGAGAAGAGGGCAGCUGAGGAAAGAGCAAGGGCUAAGGCUGAAGAGGAGAAGAGGGCAGCUGAGGAAAGAGAGAGGGCAAAGGCCGAAGAGGAGAAGAGGGCAGCUGAGGAAAAAGCAAGGGCUAAGGCAGAAGAGGAGAAGAGGGCAGCUGAGGAAAGAGCGAAGGCUAAGGCAGAAGAGAAGAGGGCAGCUGAAGAAAAGGCUAAGUUAGAAGCAGAGAAAUUAAAGGGGAAAAAAAAGAUAGAAGAGAAAAAAAUAGAAGAAAAGAAAAUAGAAGAUAAACAGGUAAAAGAGAAGAAAGUACAAGAAGAAAAACCUAAAGCGGCUUUCCUAAGAAAACAGGGGGAAGAAAAAGAGGUUAAAGUGGAAGUUCAAAAGGAAAAGGUACCAGAUGAGAAGCUUCGACUUACCUCCAAAAAAGAUCAGAUAAAAGAUGUCAAGGAUAAAGACAAAGCACCUAAGGAGGAACUUAAAAGUAUCUGGGAUCGUAAGAAGGGAUUUCCUGAACCAAAGGCACAGAAUGGAGAACGUGAACUCCCUGCCCACAAGCUUAAAUCUACUGAGAAUGUUUUUAGCCGCUCCAAUUUGAAAGGGGCUGAGGAGGCAAAGCGGGGAUCUCAGCCCGAAGCUGGAAAGCGGUUAGAAGAGCUGCGCCGUCGCCGAGGUGAGAAUGAGAGCGAGGAAUUUGAGAAACUGAAGGAGAAGCAGCAAGAGGCGGCCGUGGAGCUGGAGGAACUGAAGAAAAAGCGGGAGGAGCGCCGGAAAGUCCUUGAGGAAGAGGAGCAGAAGAAGAAGCGGGAGGAGGCUGAGAGAAAAGCCAGAGAGGAGGAGGAGAAGAGGAGGCUGAAGGAAGAAAUUGAGAGGAGACGGGCUGAAGCUGCUGAAAAACGUCAAAAGAUGCCAGAAGAUGGCGUUGCUGAUGAUAAGAAGCCAUUUAAGUGUUUCAGUCCUAAAGGUUCAUCUCUUAAGAUAGAGGAACGAGCAGAAUUUUUGAACAAAUCCGCUCAGAAAAGUGGUAUGAAGCCCACCCACACGACAGCAGUUGUCUCAAAGAUUGACAGUAGACUUGAGCAAUACACUAGUGCGGUUGUGGGCACAAAGACUACAAAGCCAAAUAAGCCAGCAGCCUCUGACCUUCCUGUGCCAGCCGAGGGUGUCCGUAACAUCAAGAGCAUGUGGGAGAAAGGGAAUGUAUUUUCAUCACCCUCUGGGCCAGGGACACCAAAUAAGGAAACUGCUGGACUGAAAGUUGGUGUCUCCAGUCGUAUCAAUGAAUGGUUAACCAAGAGCCCAGACACCAAUAAAUCACCUGCCUCAAAGCCUUCUGAUUUAAGACCAGGAGAUGUAUCUGGAAAACGUAAUCUCUGGGAGAAGCAAUCAGUUGAAAAAGCAACAACUUCUAAGGUAACAUCUGUGGGGAAAAAAACAGAGACUAAUGCAGGUUUGAGACAAUUUGAGAAAGAACCGUAGGAGGCUACUAAAGACGCCGGACCAAUCAGUUGGGGGAAAAAAAAGUGCUAAAUUGUUCUUUUUAUAUUUAUGUUUAUUUACCAAAAUGUCUUUUUGCAUUAUCCCAGUUAAAACCAUGUAUAUUAGCACUGUAUUUAAUAAUCAGUCUAGACAUUCAUCAUAAUAGUACUGCCUUUGCACAAGAGCCUUUAUUCCUAAAGAAACCCAUGCUGUGAAAUAUAUAGACUCUCCUACUGAUAGUCAUAACUAUGUAUCUGAACAGUGAUUUAGUGAUUUCAACUGGCAUAAGAGGUCAACCCAAAAUGCAAAACCCAAAUGUAAAGUGAAGUUGCUUAAGAAAGGUGUGCAGUAAACCUAUAAAAACGAUGGUUACUUUUGGAAUACAGAAGUCUUUCUUUCUGCACUUUAGACUAAGGCAUGGAAGAAAUAUCUUUAGUUGACAAUGUAAUAUUUUCUGUAAGUUGCCCAUGUCAUGAGAAAUACUGCAUCAAUAACUUGUUAAUUUUUUUUGUUUUAUACUUUUUUAAGUAUCAAUUUCUCCAUUCUAGUUUAAGUUAAUACCUAAAUUUGGAUGAUUAUGUUAGCUGACAGCGGUACUGAUACUUCUUUUUGUUGUUAGUGACUAGUAAUUGAUUGCAAUUUAGAAUAUAUACACACAUAGCUUUACAAAGUUUAGCCUAAAGGCACUACUAAUGGUAGAAUGCUUAAAUACAUGCUAGAGUAUUAUAUUUAGUAAUAAACAUACAUAAUUAGCCAAUAUCACAGCUUAAAAAAUAAAGACAAAAUCACACACUUUUCUAUAGUAAGAUUUCAUAAUUGCCAUUAGAGGUAUGGCAAGAUAAGUAUUAAAAAAAUUUUAAAUGUCAGUUGCCCAGUACUGGGUAAUUAAAAAGAAAAUUAUAGUUUUUAAAAGAGGAAAAGGUAAGGGUAUAGAGGGUCAAAAAUAGGACACUUGUAUAAAACGUUGUAGUUUAAUUUAUAUAAAACUACCAUAAUUAAAAAAGUAAAACUAAACACAGAGAGCUUGUUUCAAAUGACUGUACACUAAAUCUUGCCAUUCAUCAGUGCCGUACACUAGAUCCACCUGAAAUGAAGUAAACCUCUAUCUUUAUAGUGCUUCUUUUUAACUCUCUCUCCUGAGUAUCUUAUUUACAGAUGUUUUGAUUUGUAUAUAGUAAACACAUGGCUAUAAGAUGUCAGCUUGGUUUGAAUUUACAUGCCAUAUGGUUUAGCAUUUACAUCCUACAGUGUAUGGGUGGAAUAAACUGAGCAACUGAAGUAGCCCCAGAAUGCGUUGUUAACAGCUUUGUUGUGCAUCAAAACUACCGGGAUCUCCCUUUUCACCACUUCAUCUUUUAUAGCAUCUGACUUGUUCCUAACGAAGAAGAAUGUUGUAUUGCAACCCAAAGAUGAGCUCCCCUGCUUGGCUGAAACAUCUUGUUUACAUGUAGAGAUGCACUCAGUUGUCUGUAGGGGGUGAAACUGUGCCUGGCAUUGUCUAUGAGUUGUCAUGUUUUUUUGUUUUGGGGUUUUGUAAACACUCCUUUGAGUCUUUCAAAUACAUUUGAUAGCUGCAAUAAAAAUGAUUUGUUCAAACAGUGUAUUCUGAAACUGCAUCCACAAUAAAUGGAGUAUUUCCGUCAGCA